AUGGAGAGUGAAGCUUCGUCUAAACUCACUCAACUAAAUAUUGAAAAACUUUCAAGGCCUUCAAAGCCUUCAAGGGCCUCAUCCGUCGAUACAAAGACUAGUGCUCCCGUCGCAGACGUAAAUGGUCUCGGUUGGCCAGCAAAAUCAACUCUUCAGCGCCUGAAGGAAACUCCCGAUCAGAAAGACGCUAGAACCGCUAAGCUCACCGGGGCCGUCAAAACUCUUCUCGAAUGUAUCGGCGAGGAUCCCUUAAGGGAUGGUCUACUCAAGACUCCAGAGAGAUAUGCAAAGGCUCUCCUCUUCAUGACCAAAGGAUAUGAGGAGAAGCUGAGCGAUGUUUUGAAUCAGGCUGUGUUUGAAGAAGAUCACGAGGAAAUGGUUAUCGUGAGGGAUAUCGAUGUCUUUUCAUUAUGCGAGCACCAUCUUGUUCCUUUCAAUGGUAGAAUUUCAAUUGGAUACAUACCCAACAAGAAAGUUCUCGGUUUGUCUAAGCUUGCUAGACUUGCUGAAACUUUCGGUCGCCGUUUGCAAGUUCAAGAACGUAUGACGAGACAGAUUGCUCUUGCUAUCGAAGAGGCUAUUCAACCACAGGGUGUGGCUGUCGUUAUGGAGGCUAGCCAUAUGUGCAUGGUUAUGAGGGGUGUACAGAAGCCAUCAGCAACUACCGUUACGUCUACAAUGCUGGGUUGCUUCCGCCAUUCUGCUAAAACUCGCGAGGAGUUCCUUACUUUGAUAAGGACACCAAAAUCAACAUUUCCUUAUUAA